ACAUUUUAAAGGGAGGCUGUGUCAACAAUGGGAAAUCAACUUUCUGAGCUGACGCCCGGUGGUACCUUCUUGCCGCCUUUCCAGUCCCUCCACGUUGUGGUGAUUGGAUUAGAUUCCGCAGGAAAGACAACGCUAUUGUACAGACUGAAAUUAAAGGAGUUUGUCAACACAAUUCCAACCAAAGGGUUUAAUACUGAAAAGGUCAAGGUACCAAUUGGGAACUCCAGGUCCAUCACAUUCCAGGUCUGGGAUGUUGGUGGCCAGGAGAAGCUGAGGCCUCUGUGGAAGUCCUACACCAGGCGUACAGAUGGCAUUGUCUUUGUGAUAGAUUCCUCUGAGCUGGAGAGGAUGGAGGAGGCCAAGGCUGAGCUCCACAAAAUCUCCAGGAGUUCAGAAAAUCAAGGAGUGCCUGUCCUAAUUUUUGCCAAUAAGCAAGAUUUGCCUGGGGCGGCCUCAGUUGCUGAGAUGGAGAAGUCUCUGGGCUUAAAUGAUCUGGGAACUUCCACUCUGCACCACAUCCAGAGCUCCAGUGCUAUGAACGGCCAGGGAUUGCAACAAGGACUAGAGAGGUUAUACGAAAUGAUUGUCAAACGGAAAAAGAUGCUCAGGCACCAGAAGAGAAAAAGAUGAACAUUUCUAUAACCAACUAAGACCUGAAUCUGUGCUCUUAGAAUAGUUUUUUUUUAAUGGAGGUUCAAAGAAGAGAAUCAAAGUGGUCAAAAGCACACAACUUGCUUAGAUUAUAUUUUACAGGUUUUUGAAUAGCCAAAUUCCUUUUUUCCCACUUUAUGUUCUGCCCAGAUAUUGUGUAGUAUGUACUACAGCAACAGGACACAGAUUCAGUAAUCCAAAUGCCAAUCUGCGCAAUGGAUUGUACUACAUCAAAGACAAGUGUCAAACUAGGAGAGGAGGGACUAUUUAGUGAUAUAAGGCACCCGUUGCCUUUAAACAGCAUUGAUUCGUGGCAUUUUGCAUUUGCUUGGAAACUAUUUGUGAAUUGAUAGUUAUAGCAAAGGCCCUCAGUGUUUUGGAGUCUUUUGAUUUGUAUUUGCAGAUGUGUUCCUGUUACGAUUGAUUGUACCAGGCUAACCCCUCUUCACAUAAACUGACAGAAACAACUCUAAGAAUUGCCAGGAAAAAGUGGUCAAUGGAGACAGAACUAAAGUUGUCUCUACCUCUCUCUAGCCAUCCCCUUAUUUGAAAGCCUUAAUAAUUUUGUUCCUGUAGAGCUGAACAGAAUGUUCUGAUAUUCACUACAGCUUUUUUGCCAAUAAAGGGCUAGAAACCCCCAUAAGUCUUUCUUGACAAAUAAUGUCAAGGACAUUUUUUUUGUUGAAAGCUGCAAAAGACAGCAAACUGAAACUCCUCUACAGAGCUAACAAGUUGACUGAGGGAGGUGUUGUGUGGAUUGUUUUUGUAGCUAUCAUUCAGCUACACAUUCUAAGCGUGUGGGACUACCAAAAGCAGUAUUUCAUUAAAUGUGUAGUAAUCUUUAGUGUUCCACUGAAGGGAAAUAUUUCCCCUCUGACACCUGGAUGUGUCAAGGCCAAAUGAUGUGAGGCGACUGCAAACGUACUUCUAUUCAUCCAGCUGUAGUGAAACGGUUGUGGUGCAAAGCCUCAUCUUUAGUAGUGCUAGGAUGGAAGAAGUCUUUGAUGUUGGGUGUGUCUCGCCUUCACAAUCUGAUCUCUGCUGGUCCAAGUGAGUGCAGAGUUUCUUUGAAGCCUGAUAAUAAUGGGGUUGGUUGGGCUGCACAGCCAGCAGUAAAACUCAUAGUCAUGUUGUAAUUCACUUGGUACCUGGUUUAAAGUCAAUGUCAACAGUGUAAGUCCAGCCAUGGAUAUUAAAUCCACAUUAAGUCACUAUACCUCAAUAAGAGGAAACAUACAAAUGUCCAUAUUUUUAAAAAAAUUGAUCUCAUUUGCAUUAACUUUGUUAAAAUGUUUUCCAAUCAGGCUUUGACACAAAAAGGUGGAUCUUAUCAACACUUAAACUGUGAAUCUAAAUGGUGAUUUGUGUACAUAGAUUUUCUUUUGUACUUUGAUAGCAUUUUUUUAAAGAAAAUUGUGUGUUUAGUGCUGAAAUAAAAUGAUGUAAGAUCGAUGAA